AACUUGCCCCAUGAUAAAAGAUUCAAGCCAGAGAACAUUAUCCUUGUUGGUCUUAUGCCUGGUCCAAAGGAGCUAAAAACCGAUGAGAUCAAUGGUUACUUGAAGCCAUUGAUUGAUGAUCUGAAGCAGCUGUACGUUGGCAUGCGAAUUCCUACACACGAAUUCCCAAAUGGUGUCUGUGUUCGUGCUGCGCUACUAAUGGUUGCAUGUGAUAUCCCAGUUGCCAGAAAGACAAGUGGAUUCACAGCGCAUAACAGCACAUGUGCUUGCUACAGGUGCAGUUGGCAGUUUACUGGGUUAGAAAGCAGCAACCAGAUUGAUUUCUGUGGAUUUGAUUAUUCUCGUUGGAAUAUCUGCAGUGGUGCAGAGAGCAGGUUGCAUGCUGAGGAGUGGAAGGAUGCAAGUACACUCUCAGAAAGGCAUCAGCUGGAAAUCGAAAAUGGUGCUCAAUGUUUGCAGCUGCAACGCCUUGGAUACUUUGAUCUAGUACGUGGAACAAUCAUUGAUCCCAUACAUAAUCUUUUUCUGGGG